GAGCUUUUGGAUACUUACAGUGAUGUAUUCAAGGAGGAGUUAGGCACAUUGAAAGACAUUAAAUCUACCAUCGUGGUCAAACCUGAGAUGCUGCCCAAAUUUAAUAAACACAGGCCUCUUCCAUUCGCAAUGAAGGAAAAGGUGGAAAAAGAACUCGAAAGACUGGAAAAGUGUAACAUUAUUACACCUGUGAGACACAGUGAGUGGGCAGCACCUAUAGUGCCGGUGCUAAAGAGUGACGCUUCUAUUCGCUUAUGUGGGGAUUACAAAGUGUCAGUGAACCAAGCCCUUGAAGCAGAUACGUACCCUCUGCCACGUUUGGAGGAACUAUUGGCAACACUCAGGGGGGGAAAGUACUUCUCAAAGAUAGAUCUGGCAGCAGCCUAUCAACAAGUACUGUUGAAUGAGGAUUCCAAGAAGUACACAACUAUCAAUACUCAUAAAGGACUGUUCGUUUACAACAGGCUCCCUUUUGGAAUCAGCACAGCUCCAUCGAUUUUUCAGCGCAUUAUGGAAAACAUAAUGAAAGGGUUACCAGUGGUGGUCUACCUGGAUGACUUGCUCAUCACUGGAUACUCAAAAGCAGAACAUCUGAGCAACCUGGAGAAGGUCCUGCAACGCCUUCAGGAGAAUGGUCUGCGAGUAAAACGUUCCAAGUGUGAGUUUAACAAGCCACAAAUUGAAUAUCUGGGACACGUCCUGGACGAACAUGGAGUCCACCCUUCAGAAGAAAAGGUGAGGGCCAUACAGGACGCUCCUGCUCCUACUAAUGUGAAAGAACUUCAAGCCUUCCUGGGACUUGUUAACUAUUAUGGGAGAUUUGUGCCAAUGCAAAGCACGGCUCUGGCUCCACUUUACAAGUUACUAAAAGACAGUGUGACUUGGAGAUGGACUGACCCAGAGCAGACAGCGUUUGAUACGUGCAAAGGUCUGCUGACAAGUGAUCGGGUGCUGGCGCAUUAUGACUCCAACCUGCCCCUCACUUUAGCGUGUGAUGCUUCUGCAUAUGGCAUCGGUGCGGUAAUACAGCACACAAUGCCAAGUGGGGAGGAGCGACCAAUAGCAUACGCUUCCCGAACACUGUCCCCAGCAGAAAAAAAGUACUCUCAAAUAGAAAAAGAGGCUCUUGGUCUGAUUUAUGGAGUAAAAAAGUUUCACCAGUACCUUUGGGGCAGGCAUUUCACCUUAGCAACAGACCAUCGCCCCCUGUUGACGCUUUUUGGUGAGCACAAGAACCUACCUACCGUAGCUGCAGCACGCAUUCAAAGGUGGGCUAUCAUAUUGUCGGCAUAUGAUUACCACAUUGUUUUCAAAAAAUCAGCAGAACACAGCAAUGCAGAUGGGCUCUCUCGCUGUCCUCUGCCUGAAACAAGCGACACUGGAACAGCAUUGAGUUCAGCAGCAGUACACUCACUGUUAAUUGCGCAUAUGGAAGAAGCUCCACUAAAUGCGACCCAGGUUGCUCGGGCCACACGCACAGACAUGGACUUGUCAAAGGUUUACCAGUAUGUCAUGGAAGGUUGGCCCACUGUUACAGAUGAGAGUUUAAAGGCUUAUCACAACAAGAGGAAUGAGCUUUCAACUGAGAGGGGUUGUGUUUUGUGGGGAACCAGAGUGAUUAUACCCUCUAAAAUGAGAAAGGCUGUGUUAAAUAAGAUUCACUCUGGUCACCAAGGCAUUGUAAAAUCCAAGGCCUUAGCUCGCAAAUAUGUCUGGUGGCCAAAUCUGGAUUAUGACCUGGAACAGGUUUGCAAAACAUGUGAAACAUGUCAGCUGGAACAGAAGAUGCCGCAGCAUGUUCCAUUGCAUCCCUGGGAGUUCCCUGGUGAAUCCUGGAAGAGACUGCAUAUUGACUUUGCUGGACCUUUCCUCGAAAGCAUGUUCAUGAUUGUGGUUGAUUCAUAUUCGAAGUGGUUGGAGGUAUUUCGUAUGCCACACAUCAUAUCACAAGCCACGAUUACAAGGUUGAAGAGACUGUUUGCUUCGUAUGGACUUCCUGAACAAAUAGUCACAGACAAUGCCACCACUUUUACAUCUGCAGACUUCCAAACGUUUGUGACACAAAAUGGCAUUUUGCAUACGACAAGUGCGCCAGGACACCCUGCCACAAACGGUUUGGCUGGAAGAUAUGUGCAGACAUUUAAAGUAGGCAUGAAAAAGCUUGCCAGCCAAUCAGGCAGCAUUGAGGACAAACUUUCAUUGUUUUUGCUACAGUACCGUGUUACGCCAAACUGCACGACAGGCCAGUCUCCAGCUGAAUUGUUCUUGCACAGACACAUCCGCACCAGACUGGAUUUCAUCAAACCUAACAUCAAGGAGACUGUUCGCAGGAAGCAGUAUCGACAAAAGGCUCAACAUGACUUCACAGCCGUGGACCGUUCCUUUUCUGUUGAUGAUGCUGUUUAUCUUCGCAACACAGGGGGAGGAGUUCGCAAGUGGACACCUGGACAGGUUGUAAGACAAACUGGUCCAGUCUCUUAUGAGGUAAAAGAGCGGUACUCGAACACUGUGCACAGACGACAUGGAGAUCAGCUUCGUACCCAAGCUGUAGUUGAACCAGAUAUUGAGGACAUUGAAACACCACCUGAAGAGCAAAAUGAUGUAAACAUUACACUGCAACAAAGUGCUCUGGACUCUGGGGUGCACCCUCCUGUUUCCCCAGAUCCUUCAGUGGAUGUGAGGGGUUCCACACGACCACGGAAGACGCCAAAACGAUAUCUUGAAUAGCCUUGUGUUUAUCUAGGCAUAACAGCUAUGCAUGUUAUGUUCUGUUAUGAUUCAUGUUGCAUUAAGGGUUAUAUCUGAGUUAGAUGCAGAGGUAAACAGAAAGGAAAAAUGUCUUGAGUAUCAAGUAAAUAUACAUUUGGGUCAUUGUUUGGUUCUACAUAAAAAUGCACUUAAGCUGGAAUGAGUGACCUUUAGUUUAUUUUAGUUAAUGUAGAUGAAAAUGUUAUUUCCAUCUAAAAGGGGGAUGAUGUGGUGUAUUUACCCCUGUGAUUACCUGAGUUGGUACAGUCCUUGUAUUCGGUGACGUGCAAGCUCUCUCUGUGUAGUUACCAGAAGGAUAGCACAACAAUAAAGAGAUACGAAUUUA